AUGUCGCUCAUCAAGCCCACCAACGACUUCAUCCUGUACAAAGCCGACUUUACGCUCUCGCUCAACGACUCGGACAACCCUUUGCACGCCAUCACGCGCAUGCCCAAUCUCCUUCGCACCGCCUCGCACCACUCGUUUUUCACGCUUGCGGUCGAAGUCGAUCGGGAUACCGAACAGAUCGUCUUUUCGCCCUACCUCAUGGUGAUUCCUGGCUGCACCGAGUUGGUCCGAUCCUCGUUGGAGGCGAUCGAGGGUUUUACGUCGUUGGUAGCACUCCAAUCGGAACCGGGAGAACCCUUUUCGAUGCCGUCCAACCAGGUGGUGGCCGAAUUCGAACAGUUUGAUGUCAACCAUCAGAAUCGGCGCUUCCACCUGCUUGGCAAGGUGACAAACCUCUCGCGUCUCAGAGGCGACGAGAGCGGGUGGUAUUGGAAUUUCGAUCUCGUCGAUCCACGGGGGUGUGGCGUGGCUUGCUAUUUGUACACCGAUCAUCCGGAUCAUCAGAGCGAGGGGGUCGAGGCACCUUUUGUGAUGGAAGGCGACUACGCGCUUUGUGUCAACGUCACCCCGCACGGUCGCAAUGGCGUGCGCAUCAGCGAGACGAGCGAAUUCCUCGUCUUCAAUUAG